AGGUGGCGCUCGCAGACCCCCGCGCGCACGCACGCACACACCCCAGCCGGGCCUCGCGCCCGCCUCCGCCUCCGCCUCCGCCUCCGCCUCCGCCUUCUUCCAGGCCUGUGCAAGGCUGGUCGGCAGCAAUCCAGUGCAGCGCAGGGCCUGGGCCGGAGCCCGGAGAAGUAGCCGGCAUGGAGGCGCUGCUGCUGGGCGCAGGGCUGCUGCUGGCCGCCUACGUGCUUGUCUACUACAAUCUGGUGAAGGCCCCUCGGUGCGGCGGCAUAGCCAGUUUGCGGGGCCGCACGGCAGUGGUCACCGGCGCCAACAGCGGCAUUGGGAAGAUGACGGCGCUGGAGCUGGCGCGCCGCGGGGCGCGCGUGGUGCUGGCCUGCCGGAGCCGGGAGCGCGGGGAAGCGGCCGCCUUCGAUCUCCGCCAGGAGAGUGGGAACAAUGAGAUCAUCUUCAUGGCCUUGGACUUGGCCAGUCUGGCCUCUGUGCGGGCCUUUGCCACUACCUUCCUGAGCUCUGAGCCGCGAUUGGACAUCCUCAUCCACAAUGCCGGGAUCAGUUCCUGUGGCCGGACCCGAGAGCCCUUUAACCUGCUGCUGCGAGUGAACCACAUCGGCCCCUUCCUGCUGACACACCUACUACUGCCCAGGCUGAAGACAUGCGCACCUAGCCGAGUGGUGGUGGUGUCCUCAGCUGCCCACCGGCGUGGGCGCCUUGACUUUACAUGCCUGGACCGCCCUGUGGUAGGCUGGCGACAGGAGCUUCGGGCCUAUGCUGACAGUAAGCUGGCCAAUGUAUUGUUUGCUCGGGAGCUCUCCACCCAGCUUGAGGGCACUGGAGUUACCUGCUAUGCAGCCCACCCAGGCCCUGUGAACUCGGAGCUGUUCCUGCGUCAUGUACCCAAGUGGCUUCGCCCACUGUUGUGCCCACUCGCUUGGCUGGUGCUGAGGGCACCAAGAGGAGGUGCUCAGACACCCUUGUACUGUGCUCUGCAGGAGGGCAUUGAGCCCCUUAGUGGGAGAUAUUUUGCAAACUGCCGUGUGGAGGAGGUGCUGCCUGCUGCCAGAGAUGACCGGGUAGCUCACCGGCUGUGGGAGGCCAGCAUAAAGCUGGCAGGCCUUGGGCCUGAAGAAGAUGUAGAACCUAAGGAAGACCUCCUACCUGAAGACCCAGGCACCCCAUCUUCUCUAAGCAGCACCCACUCUAAGAAGCCUACAGUUUUUGAAUCCCACGCCAACCUUCCUAAAUUACCAGACUUGUCUAAGGUCACACAUCGAAUCCCAGUUAAAACUGAACCUGAGCCCCAAACCUCCUAAUUGCUAUCCACCCCAAUCCCCAUCCCCAAGGCUGGGUUGCUUCUCCAAGGCUGGGUUGCUUCCCCUUGAAAUCGUAUUGGUGUAUGUCAAGCACAGAGGAGUUUGCAAUUUUCUGGGGCUUAAAGGUGUGUGUCCUGGACUGUUCUUUUCCAGAUAGAAGGAAACAAUAGAUGAUUGUUCCCUCCCAAGAAUGACAGUAAACACAGACUGCGAGAUUGCAGGUAAUAUGCCAGA